AUGGCACGGUCAGAGCAACUAGCAAGCAUCCUGCGGGCGCGGGCUAUCGCGGUUGACGACGCCCAACUCGACGCCGCCCUGAAAGAUGCCGCAAGUGGGCCCGAGCUGGUCGAAUGGGCGGCAACACACCUGGUCGACGACACAUUGCUGACCUUGGACGAGCUGGAAUUAUACGAUGCCCUGCAGCGGAGCGGGCGAGACGAACAACUGGCCGCCAGCCUGGACGAUGCCCAGGGCGACGGUGUUCAGGUGUCUCUCCCCCUGUCGGACGACGAUCUGCGGGCUGCCAUUGCCGCGCUCGAGCGCUCGACCGAGACGAUCCGCAAGCAGACGGACAGGGUGCGGCAGCAGCAGGAUGCCGUGGUCAAACUGGAGGCGCUCUCGAGCACCACCGGCACCGCCUCCCGCGCUGCAUUUGCAGCCCGCCACCAGCAGCGAUGGGACGCCGCGCGCACCGACCUCGCCGCCGAUGUAGAGCGGCUGAGCCGCGCGCUGGACGACCGCGUGGCGGACAUGGGUCAACAAAACCGUGCGCUUGCACAGCGUGUGCAACAGACGGUGGACGGGCUGUGCCGGUCCGACGACACUCUGCUGGCGAGUCUGCAGAAGCUGGGGUGGGCGCUGCCGGCGGCUGUCGCGUCUCGCGAUGCGGCGCAGGACGCGGCCGCACAGCAGCAGCAGGCGAGCAUCGCGCGGCUGCGGGACAUUUGCCUGCACCUGAUCAAGUAUGCCGUCGAGACCAUCCGCACGAAACUGGACCGGCUGUACCUGGAGGCGCUGGAGGCCGGCACCGCAUCGGCGACGACUGCAUCGGGAUCGUCCGCACCCGACGACGACGUCGCCGCCCUGCAGGAAGAGCUGGAAUCGCUAUACGCCGAGAUUCUACCUGUGGCGCAAAUGUCCGUGGAGCAGCAGCAUCUCGCACCGGCACUCAAGGCGCUGUCGGGCAAGAACGCCAAGAACGUAACGCGGUCGCUGCUGGCCCUCGACUACGUGGACGAGUGCCUGGUGUUCUUGCUCGAGCACCUGUCUCUCUUGACGACACGCAUCGACACGGCGGCCGCUCACUACGCCACGGCCGACGCGCUCGUGGCCGCCGCACGGACCGAACUGGCGGUGCAAAUCCCAACGGCGUCCGCACGCGCCAAGGCGGCCCACGACCAGCGCCGCCGCCUCAGCAACUACGGCUCGCCCGUGCGCCGGCGGCCCUCCACGGGUGCGUCCCACAUGCGCACACGCUCCGGCACGGUCAGUGGCACGAGCAGCAUGACAAGCGCCGACCUCAAGGCCCAGCGGCGCCGCUCAUCGGGGUACGGUGCGGGCAGUUUUGGGCUGGGCGACAGCCACGCUGGCAGCCCACAUGCGGCCAUGGACCAGCUGCUCGACAACCUGUCCCUCGUGCUGCCGAUCGAGGACCCUCUCGAUGCUGACCUCGCCAGCGAGGUCUCUGCGUCGUCGGUCGACACGGCCACCCGCAUCAAUGCCCGCUUCUUGGCGGCGACUCUGGCCGACCGCACCGCCAAAGCCCACGAUGUGGUGGCCAACGCCCAUGAGGCCUUUGAGACGGCCACAUUUACACAUCUCGCCGAUGCCCGACGGGCCGAGUGGCUGGUGCGCUCGUCGGUGCUGGCCGAGAGCCCCUUUGGCGCCGUGCAGCUUGCGGACCCCGAGAUUGACGGCUCCAUUGCGGUCAUGGCCGACGAGGUGCGACGGUUGGCCGAACGGCGCGCGGCCGUCGAAGCCGACCUGGCCAAGGUGCAGCGCAAUGGCAGUGCCAAGCGGGACAGGAUUAUAGCACGGUGGGCGUAA